CCGGAGAGGCAGACACAGGGCCAGACACCCUCACCUACAGGGGCCGAGCUUGCCGAGGCUGAGGCAGGAGGAGGCCGCGCCCAUGGGGUCUCAGCAUCCGCCACUGGCCGCCCUGUACCUGCUAGGGCUGCUGGUCACUUCCUGCCUCAGAGGCCUCAGAGGGUUCAACUUAGAGGACCAAGGGUUCACAGUGAGACUCAGCGGCUCCGGCUCGCGGUGCCAGGGCCAUCUGGAGGUCAAUUACAAGGACAAGUGGUACACGGUGCACAGCCAGAGCUGGGGCCUGCGCCCGUUCCACCGGGAGGACCCCGGUCAGGCCUGGAAGCUCUGCCAGAAGCUGCGAUGCAGGGAGCCCUUGCUCCUCUCCCACAUCCGUCACUUCAAAGGGAAGCGACCCCAGAGCCAGAUCACCUGCCGCGGACAACUGGGGUCCUUCUCCAACUGCAGCGACAGCAAGGCAAACCAGGGGGACCCUCUGUCCCUGAUCUGCUUAGAGCCACUGAGGACAACACCUCUUCCCACGAGCCCCCCGCCCGUGACCACUCCGGAGCCCACAGCUCCUCCCAGGCUGCAGCUGGUGGCGCGACCCGGGGGCCUGCGGUGUGCAGGCCUGGUGGAGUUCUACAGCGGCAGCCUGGGUGGCACCGUCGGCAUCGAGUCCCAGGACGGGAUCCAGGACCUGGGGAACCUCAUCUGCGCAGCCCUCCAGUGUGGUUCUUUCCUGAAGCCUCUGCCAGAGACCGAGGCAGCCAGGACACUAGAGCCAGGAGAGAGCGGUCCCUUGCCAAUCCGGUGGAAGAUCCAGAACAGAAGAUGUGCCUCCGUAGAGCAGUGCUUCAGAAAAGUUCAGCCCCAGGAGGGAGGCCAAGCUCUUGGCCUCAUCUGUUCUGAUUUCCAGCCCAAGGUGCAGAGCCGCCUGGUGGGGGGCAGCGGCACGUGUGAAGGCUCCGUGGAGGUGCGCCAGGGCAAGCAGUGGGACGCCCUGUGCGAUAGCCCCUCAGUCAAGGGCAUGGCGAGGUGGGAGGACGUGUGCCAGGAGCAGCAGUGCGGCAACGUCAGCUCCUACCAGCUGCUGGACACCGGCGAGAAGACCUCCGGGGGGUUCUUCUGUCCCGCGGGGAAGCUGUCCCAGUGCCACCAGCUUCUGCAGAAAAAAUCCCACUGCAAGAGAGUGUUUGUCACCUGCCAGAACUCAAGCCCAGCGGGCCUGGGUGCGGGUACAGUGACAAGCAUCAUCCUGGCCCUCGUGCUCGCGGUAGUGCUGCUGGUCGUGUGUGGCCCUCUCGCCUACAAGAAGCUGGUGAAGAAAUUCCGCCAGAAGAAGCAGCGCCAGUGGAUUGGCCCGACGGGAAUGAACCAGAACAUGUCUUUCCAUCGCAACCACACGGUGACUGUCCGGUCCCAGGCUGAGAACUCCACGGCCUCCCACCUGGAGAACGAAUACAGUCAGCCUCCCAGGAACUCCCAAAUCUCAGCUUUCCCAGCUCUGGAAGGGGCCCUGCAUCGCGUCUCCGCCCAGCCCGAUAACUCCUCUGACAGUGACUAUGAUCUGCACGGGGCUCAGAGGCUGUAAAAGCACCCCUGACUGAGAGUAUCCUGAUGGACUUACACCAGCAGGAAGGAGAAGCCGCUCUCCCCUGACGUUGGGCUGGGGGCUUUGGGCCUGUCCCCCACCUCCCUGAACCAUCUCCAGAGUAUGAGGCUUCCUCCGCCGACACACUUCCUUCUCACCACACAGAACUGGGACCCAGGAACAAACAUCAAGAGCCAGACCUUUUGUCCUGAGAAUGCUCUGCAGUCACUGCUUGGAAAACAACGUCCAGGUCCUUGCCCGGCAGGACCAUGGACAUGACUUUCCAACAUAUCCUACUGCCCUGCAGAGGCAGGCCAGCUCGGACAUCUCCCCGCAUCUUCACCAGCCCAGGAGAAGACCCCAACGCAGCUCAGCUGGCCCCCCUCCAGGUGUGGAAGCUGCGAAAGGGCAGAGCCCCGAAGUAAGCAUCCCUCCCAAGCAGAGACUCAUGGGGUCCAGACCCGGGCAGCCCCCUCCCCCGUCUGUGGGACUCAGCUCUCUUCUCCAGCUCUGACUCAUGAGGACCCACAAGGAUGCUCACACCUUGGGGGUGGUGGGAGGCAAGGGCUGA